AUGGGCACGAUUAGGGUUUCCGAAGAAACCUCAAAACGGUCAAAUUCACAAUUCUCACAAAGCACCACAUCGACCUCUCGUACCGAGACCGUGAAUGGAUACCACGAAUUCAAGAUCACUGGUUAUUCAUUAUCAAAAGGCAUGGGAAUCGGAAAGUACAUAGCUUCUGAUACAUUCGUGGUGGGGGCCAUUUGUGGGCGAUUUAUUUUUACCCGGACGGGAAAAGCGUCGAAGAUAAUGCCGCGAGGGACAUACCCAGACUGGCCAAAUUGGCCAACAAUCUCUCAAGCCAGAGUUUUCGGUGGGGAUGGGGCUGGCAGUGGGGGCGUGUGA